AUGUGUGCUUCUUUUGGUGUACUAUGUAACUUUGGGUUCAAUGUUCCAGACUUGCAGCCAAUGACGUCUAAUACUGGAAUGUCUCUGGUUCGAUACAAACCCGCACUGAGGCAGUCUAUUACAAGCGCGGUGUGGACGUCGGACGAGGUUACAAAGUAUCAGCUAAGCGCCAAGUGUCAGGACUUUGCGACUCGAUACUACGAGCGGAGUCUCCUUACACCUGAUGAUACAAAUAUGUUGAAGGUCAACCGGGAUCUCUUUAAGCUAGCCUUUACUUACCCUUGUUUGAUGCAUGCCUCUCUGGCUGUAGCUCUCACCUACGAUCGCUUCCUAAACACAAACUCAUACUCCCGGCGAAGUCUGGAAGAGUGCUACCACUGGUCCCAAAGCACAGCUUUGUUCAAUGAGAAAUUAAGACAACCACUCAAGAAAAGAGACAAAGACCCUAUCUGGGGCACUGCAGCCGCGUUGGCUGUCCUCACAUUCUCAUCACCCGAUGCAUACAGACCCGAAGAUUCAUGGCCUUUGAAGCAGUCUACCAAAAAUGACUUGGAAUGGGUGCAGAUGAUCAAUGGGAAGAUGUCGUUGUGGGAGAUGGUUGAGCCGCACCGGAAGGAUAGUGUCUUCCAUGUCAUGGCGGCGACGUUUGAUCAGAUGCAAUCACCCUUGCCAGAAGUUGGGAUUCAUGGGAUACCAGAGUUAUUGGUCGAGAUUUGCCUUUUGCACGAUCUAUCGACGGCGGAUAGCAGCCCUUACUUUAUCGCCGCGCAUGCUGUAUCUCGUGUGCUGAAUCUACCGGACAGCGAGGUGACGACAGGUCAUACGCAGCUUUUCACGCAUAGCCUUGAUGGGGUAUUUAAGGCCUUGCUUCUCGAGAAGGACCCUGUCGCCCUGCUAUUGUUGUAUCUGUGGUACCGGAAGGCAGGACGAAGUAUUUGGUGGAUUGAGUUGAGGGCCAGGGUGGAAUGUCCCGCCAUUCGGAUGUAUGUAGAGAUGUAUCACGGCGACGACGUGGUGGUGAAUGCGCUACUUCAGAAUGAGGCGUUGGUUAUGGUGUGA